CCACAAAACUCUUGGAAAUUCGAAUUUGACCCCGAAAAGCACACGAAUUCGUUUUUACCGUCGUCUCCUUAGGGUCUUUCUUCUGUGUGUGUGCCCCCUUUGAAAAUCAAACACGGAGGCUCUGAAUUAAAAGCCCCACGACGCGACAUAGCGAGAGGAGAGAGAAAAUUGAGAGAUGAGAGAGAAACUAGAGAGGCGGUGCCUGUGAGGGUUGUUUUUUGUUCGAUUUGGGGAAAAAUAAACCCACCGGAAACAUCAUAAUCAUAAAUAUCCUCUUUGCUUGCAUUAAGAUCUCUCGUUAUUUCAGAUUGGAUCUUUUUAUUUUCUUGUUUUUUAUUUCCGCGUUCUUCUUGUUGUCGUCGUCAAUCUCGAGAAUUUCUAUGAAUUUUGGUUCCUCACAGAAGAAGAAAGAAUGACGGGGCUUCCCAGGGUUCGUGAUCACGCAUCGCUUCCAUCCUCAUCGUCUCAUAAAUCUAAUAGCAGUGGUAGCAACGUAUUUAGUUUGCUAGUGCGGAGAGAGAUCUCGCCUAGAACGAAACACGUGGCAAAAUGGAACUGGGGAGAAGCAUCUAAAUCAAAAUCUGGUUCUAGUUCCCGUCCUAAAAAUGAAGUAGCAAGAGAUGCUAGGCGUGGUCUCCUAUCAUGGGUUGAAGCCGAGUCAUUGCGGCAUUUGUCAGCCAAGUAUUGCCCUUUGUUGCCUCCCCCAAGGUCUACUAUUGCAGCAGCAUUUAGUUCAGAUGGAAAAGUGCUUGCAUCAACACACGGUGACCACACAGUAAAGAUAAUUGAUUGUGAAACUGGGAGUUGCUUAAAGGUGCUAAUUGGUCAUAGACGGACGCCUUGGGUGGUUAGGUUCCAUCCAUUGCAUCCACAAAUACUUGCUAGUGGUAGCUUGGAUCAAGUAGUUCGUUUAUGGGACGCUAACACAUCAGAGUGCAUAAUAUCUCAUCAUUUCUAUCGACCCAUUGCAUCCAUUGCUUUUCAUGCCAAGGGGGAAAUAAUUGCCGUUGCAUCAGGACACAAGCUGUAUAUAUGGCACUAUAAUAAGAAAGGUGAAGCAGCAUCACCCGUGUUUGUGUUGAAGACAAGGCGCUCACUACGAGCCGUGCAUUUUCACCCACAUGCUGCACCAUAUCUCUUAACUGCCGAGGUCAAUGAUCUAGAUUCCUCAGAUUCAUCAAUGACAGAGGCAACAUCACUUGGCUAUUUACAAUAUCCCCCGCCUGCUGUUUUCGUCACAAAUAUUCAUCCCAAGGAAAAUGCUAGUUUAUCAAGUGAACUACCCUACGUGUCAUUACCUUUCCUCUUCAUGCCACCAUAUCCUGUAGAUGAGUCAAGACCAGAAGUCCUGCACAUUAGUCCCGAUGUUGGCUCCAGUAGCAUGCAAAUUGAAUCUUCUGCGACAGGGCAGUUUCAAACGGACCCACAUGCAACCGAGCAAUACAAUACUACAGUGUCUCCCAUGGAAACAUUCUCCGAGAUGCCCACUAGCUCUCAAACUGGUACAGAAUAUCAAGCUCAUGCUACUUUCUCAAAUGGAAUGGGUAUUGGAAUCAGUAACCUCAGAAUGGAUGGUAUGGACACUGAUGAAACUGAACGUGCUGAAGGAUCCCAACAUGGAAACUAUACAAAUGCCUAUUCUCUUAAUGGGGUGUUACAUGGAUUGUCUAGACAAAAUAACAAUCGUGAGGUUCUUCCAGAGUUUGGUCAAUUUCCUCAGUUCUUUCCUGCAAGAGACCCAAGUGGAUGGGAGCUACCUUUUCUGCAAGGAUGGUUAAUGGGUCAAAGCCAAGUUGGUGGUCCCUCAAUGCUUCCUAACAUGGGUGUUAGUCGUGACAGUGUAGGCCAACAUAUUGGUUCUUCCACAUUGAGCUCUAACCAUCCCACUUCUAAUGCAGAUAUAGGAAUGUCGUCUGGCAUUGCCAUCCCUGGAUCUUCUGUUAGAUCAGGUUUACGGAAUCAUUUUUCACAAUACCGUAUACCUGUAUCUGAAUCUGGAAAUCUUGCUAGCUCUGCUAGUACCCCACAUGAUGGGUCUGAUAUCCAAACCAUUAUAAGUCGAAUCCAGUCAGAACUUGCCACGUCAAUGACUGCUGUGACGGCUGCAGAGUUGCCUUGCACCGUGAAGUUAAGAGUAUGGUCGCAUGACAUAAAAAAUCCCUGUGCUCCAUUAAAUGCUGACAGAUGCCGUCUGACUAUACCGCAUGCUGUCCUUUGCAGUGAAAUGGGUGCCCAUUUUUCGCCGUGUGGUAGAUUCUUAGCUGCCUGUGUUGCAUGUAUGCUCCCACAUAUAGAAGCUGAACCUGGAUUGCAAACGCCAGUACAGCAAGAGCCUGGUAUUGCAACAUCACCAACUCGUCAUCCAAUAUCAGCACACCAAGUAAUGUACGAGCUGCGGAUAUAUUCCUUAGAGGAGGCAACAUUUGGAAUGGUGCUUGCUUCACGAGCAAUCAGAGCCGCACACUGUCUGACGUCAAUUCAGUUCUCACCUACGUCUGAGCACAUACUACUUGCCUAUGGUCGACGUCAUGGUUCUCUUCUUAAAAGCAUUGUAAUUGAUGGAGAAACGACGUUACCUAUAUAUACAGUAUUAGAGGUAUAUAGAGUGUCGGAUAUGGAACUUGUUAGGGUGCUUCCUAGUGCAGAAGAUGAGGUUAAUGUGGCUUGCUUUCAUCCUUUUGCUGGGGGAGGAUUAGUUUAUGGAACAAAGGAAGGAAAGCUUAGGAUCCUCCAGUAUGAUGGUGCUCAUGCUGCGAAUGGCACGGGACCGAGUUACUUUCCUGAUGAGACCAUCAUUGGAAUCAGUCAAUGAGCAAGGUUUAGACAUGUCAUCGGAGAUUAAAUUCAGCAUCCGGCUUCCAUCAUCUGUACUACUCAGAUGCUGUCUCUGCUGGUGAUAAUACUACACAUUUGUUAAGACUAUGUUGAAUGCUGAGCAGUGAGCAAAUGCAACCUGGCGCUGGAGUUUCCAAUCUUCCUUGCUAAUACAAAUGUAUAUUUUUGUAUUAUCCAUGUAUGAAUAUGUACUAAUAUUAAUCCGUUGUUAGUUUGUA